CUCGAUAUUCGACGGCUUUGCUCCUUUCCACGUAACGCCGUCGAUCCGAUCCCUGCCGUUCAAUCGUCCACCUCAUUACCACGUAGCGCCGUCAUGACACGUCGCUAAAUCUUGCUCUCCCUAAUAUAAACCCACCAUUACGCUGUUGUCUUCUCCACCCCUCUCCUUUCGGCGUCCUCCAAUCCGUUCGCCUCCUGUCUGCUGCUGCUGCUGCUGCUCAUUGGGAAUGGACAAAAGAAGAACUCGACGCAACGAAGCGAACCCGAAGGGCACGACGAUGUCGUCGUCCGCGCUCGUAGCUAACCCCACCCUGGAGGAUUCAGCGCUCUCCCCAGUCAGUUUCGAAGGCAGCCGACGCCCGCAUUGCUCGCCGGAGGCAAUCCUGAUCUACCUCACCGUCCCGGGGUCGCCGGUGAUCCCUAUGAGGGUGUUGGAGUCGGAUUCGAUCGCCUCCGUGAAGCUUCGAAUCCAGAGCUUCAAGGGUUUUGUUGCCGGGAAACAGACUCUGAAGUCUAAUGGCAGGGAGUUGGCACGGAAUGAUAGCCUGGUGAGGGACUACGGCUUGAGCGAUGGGAAUGUCCUGCAACUUGAAACUAGACUCUCCGAUCUCCGAUCUAUCACUAUAAAGACCACCUGCGGCAAGAAGUAUGAGUUCCAAGUGGAAUCGCGCCGCAACAUUGGGUAUGUUAAACGGCAGGUUGCCGAGGGUGGUUGGGCCUUGGGCAAUCUCGAGGAUCAUAAGCUGGUGUGUGAUGGUGAGGAGAUCGGUGACGAUCAGAUUAUCGAUGACAUCUGCAAGAACAAUGACGCUGUGUUCCAUUUGGUGAUACCCCAAUCAGCAAAGGUUAGAUCCAAACCGGUUGAGAAGGACAACGAGCUGGUGGUGGUUGCUUCUGAUUGGAAGAAAAAGAAGGGGAUCGAUGAUCUUCAAAUGGUUGCUGGGAAGCCACGGCAUAGACAUUGUUGGAUUCAGCAGAACACUAUCGAUCCCAAAGUUGAACACUCUCCGGCGAUCAUGGAACUGGUCCGAUCGACCUCUGCAGGGCUGGAGAAGGGGAACCCACCGAUUCUGUCUACGGAAGGCUGUGGGGGAGUUUACUUCAUGCAGGACGCCCUGGGUCACAGGUGCAUUGGUGUGUUCAAGCCAAUCGACGAGGAACCCAUGGCUGAGAACAAUCCUCGAGGGCUUCGGUUGUCGACAAAUGGUGAGGGAAUGAAGAGGGGGACGCGUGUUGGAGAGGGAGCAAUGAGAGAGGUCGCAGCAUAUGUACUCGACCACCCCUCGGGCGGACGACGCAUAUCCGAGGAAGCUGGGUUUGCUGGUGUUCCACCGACGGUCAUGGUGGGGUGCUUGAACCGUGGUUUCCAUCGUUCCGAGGAGGAUAACGGUGCGGGAAAGACGGUUAAGGUUGGAUCCUUACAGAUGUUUGUGGAGAACUGUGGAAGCUGCGAGGAUAUGGGACCUCAAGCAUUCCCGGUUGGGGAGGUUCAGAAGAUAGCCGUGUUGGAUAUACGGUUGGCGAAUGCUGAUCGACAUGCUGGGAAUAUAUUGGUCUGCAAGGAUAACAAAGGCCGGAUAAAGCUGACUCCCAUUGAUCAUGCAUACUGCUUACCUGACAGGUUUGAAGAUUGUACCUUUGAUUGGCUCUAUUGGCGCCAAGCUCGGCAGCAUUUCAGUGGUGAAACCAUUGCUUACAUCAAAUCACUAGAUGCUGAAGAAGAUAUUGCACUUCUCAAAAGCUAUGGGUGGGAACUGUCACCUGAAAGCUCUCGCACUCUUCGUAUCUCAACCAUGCUUUUGAAGAAGGGCGUACAAAGGGGGCUGACUCCCUACGACAUCGGAAGCAUCAUGUGCAGGGUAACCACCGAGAAGGAAUCAAAAAUUGAGGAGAUCAUCCGUGAGGCGGGGAAUGCUAUCCUGCCACGCUCUCGUGAAACUGCAUUUCUGGAUUGUGUCUCUGAGAUCAUGGAUCGUCACCUCGACAAACUUUUAUAGUAGGAUAACUGAUUACUGUUCCAUAUCUAUUGUAAUCAGAUGUAAGUCUAUUAACAGCCUAUUUAGACUAUCAUAGGAUAACGGAAUGGUGGUUGUAAGUAAGCGAAUCACCCAUCCGAUAUAUUAGGACACAGAUGUUCCCUGCUUGGAUGCACAAGUCAAAUUUCUUGUGCUAUCCAGAUCUUAUAUAUAUUGUUGAUAAGACAGAAUUGCAAUUUCUCCACAACAAAUGUGUUGUAGCAGUAGUUUUCUUUUAUAUAUCUGUUAUUAAAUAUCUAAUUGGAAGGAUAGAUCAAUCAUUUAUAGCAUGUUUUUAUCUUUGAUUGAGAUGUCAAGUACCUAAUGAAUACCAGUGUGGAGAAAUC